AUGCGGGCGCUGUCUGAUCGGACGCAGGAACGUUGGGAACGCGAAGAACGCCUCACACAGGACUUUCACAGGAUGGAAGAAGAGGUUAAGCUCUGGAAGAACCGCUACGCAAAGACGAAAACACGACUACAACAUCUACGAUCCCCCUCACUUGGGCUUCCAGGACAUUACAUCCAAGAUGUCGCAACCAUUACCGCAAGGGAAAACGACGUCAGCCAUCCAGAUGGACUAGUCAACGAUGUCCACCUUACCAAAUUCCAAAUAUCCAUCGACGAGCUCUUGCGCACCGCACGCAUGGCAGAUCCAGCACAUGUUCUCGAGCAGAUGAAAGCCGUCGUCUUCGCUGUCCGCCAUAUAACUCAAGACGUCGAAACUGCCCAGUCAAUUGGGAAAGCAGAUGAUCAGCAAACACCAUCAUCACACAUUCGCUCCCGUGCCAAAAUCCGCGUCUCAGCCACAGCAAACAACCUUAUCACCGCCUCCAAGGACUUCGCAAACAGCAAUGGGAUAUCCCCCGUAUCUCUUCUGGACGCAGCAGCCUCACAUCUCUCAGCCGCAAUUGUCGAACUGGUCCGUAUCGUCAAGGUUCGCCCGACUCCCGCAGAUGAGCUUGAAGUCGAUGAUGGUGUUGGGGAUGGUGAUGAUCUGGACGCCAUAAUGCAGUCACCUACCUACUUCAGCGUCCCGUCUAGCCUGGACAGGUUGAGUGGGAAUGAAUCUGUGUACAGCGCUAUUAGCUCGCCGCAUUCUGCGCAGCAUUCGCGGAUGGCAUCAGCGGCUUCUGGUGCGGGGGAACAUAUGCAGAUGCACCGGAAGACGUUUUCGAAUGGGCAAAUGCUUGAGAAGACUGGGCUUGGUAUAGAGGAGGUGGAUGGGGAGUUAGAGGAGCUUAGGGUAAGUAUAUAA